AGUUAACCAAAUAAAAUAAGAAUUAGUUUAGUUGUAGUUUUGGAAGUAGGGGUCGAGGUUAUUGUUUUGGAAUAAAACGACACUGGGCCAAAAAUCUUUUCUAUUUUCCUUUUCGAAGGCGCGAAGGUUACCUCUUAUUCUCUUCUUCAUCUUUGAUAUUCUUCUUUUAAUCGAGAAAAUCAGGAAUCCUAGGUUAAGAAAAGGGAAAUUUUGAGUGUGGCGAGGGUUUUAGGGGUCGCGAGAGUAGAGAGUAGAGGGUGGAGACACCAAAAACCAGAAGAUUGAGUAAGGAAGAAUUGAGCGGUUUGCUAGUUGAGAGUUCCGACUUGAGGGUUGGCUGUGGAAGUAGAAGUUCUUUGGGAAGAGGAACUAAAAGCAGGGAAGGGGUGUUAUUAUCCUGUGUAAGUUCUGAAGCAAAAGAUGCAAGCCAGUACAAUGAUGGGUUCUCUGCAACAAUCUGUUUGGACCAAGGGGAUGAGUUUCCCUGCAAAGGGGUAUGGCAAUAACUACGGAUUUGUAUCUGAAGUGAAGUUCUGUAAUAUGAAGCCAUGCAAAGCUUCCCCUGUUGAAGGGAGUUUAGUCACUGGGAAGCCGUCGUCUCUGUCUUUCUCAGUUCCUGAAAUUGGAGGUGAUGGAAGUAGCUUCCUGGACUAUGGCUUGACUGAAGCCGAUCCUGAGGUUCGUACAAUUAUUGACAAGGAGAAGGAUCGACAAUUUAAAAGUCUUGAGCUGAUUGCUUCUGAGAAUUUUACAUCUAGAGCUGUGAUGGAAGCAGUUGGUUCAUGCCUCACAAACAAGUAUUCAGAAGGAUUGCCGGGUAAAAGGUACUAUGGAGGGAAUGAGUACAUUGAUGAGCUCGAAACCCUAUGCCAACAAAGGGCACUGGCUGCAUUUCAUGUAGAUGGAAAUAAAUGGGGUGUUAAUGUUCAACCAUUAUCCGGAUCCCCAGCUAAUUUUGCAGUAUACACUGCAGUUCUUAAACCACAUGAUCGAAUUAUGGGUUUGGACUUGCCUCAUGGAGGACAUUUGUCUCAUGGAUUCAUGACGCCUAAAAAACGUGUAUCUGCUACUUCAAUUUAUUUUGAAUCUAUGCCUUAUCGACUUGACGAAUCAACAGGUCUAAUUGAUUAUGAUAUGUUGGAGAAAACUGCUAAUCUCUUCAGGCCAAAGCUGAUUAUUGCGGGGGCUAGUGCUUAUCCUCGGGACAUUGAUUACCCUCGCAUGAGAAAAAUUGCAGAUGAAGUAGGUGCUUUUCUUAUGAUGGAUAUGGCUCAUAUAAGUGGGCUUGUUGCUGCAUCUGUACUUGCUAAUCCCUUUGACUAUUGUGAUAUUGUGACCACCACAACCCACAAGUCUUUAAGAGGUCCAAGAGGUGGUAUGAUAUUCUUCAAGAAAGAUCCUGUGCAUGGGGUUGAUUUGGAGCCCGCCAUUAACAAUUCUGUUUUUCCCGGUCUACAGGGGGGUCCUCAUAACCACACAAUUGGAGGACUAGCAGUUUGCUUGAAGUAUGCCCAGUCUCCAGAGUUUAAAAAUUACCAGAAUCAGGUGGUUGCUAACUGUAGAGCUCUUGCUCAGCGGUUAAUUGAGCACAAAUAUAAACUUGUUUCUGGUGGUAGUGACAAUCACCUGGUUCUUGUUGAUCUAAGGCCUUCUGGUCUUGAUGGUGCUCGGGUGGAGAAAAUUCUUGAUAUGGCUUCGAUAACCCUCAACAAAAAUUCAGUGCCUGGUGAUAAGAGUGCCCUUGUUCCGGGAGGCAUUCGUAUUGGGGCACCUGCAAUGACAACAAGAGGACUUGGUGAGAAAGAAUUCUCACUAAUUGCAGAUUUAAUUCAUGAGGGAGUGCAAAUAAGUCUUGAAGCCAAAAGUUUGGUCUCAGGAACGAAGCUCCAAGAGUUUUUGAAGUUUGUAUCAUCAUCUGAAUUUCCCUUGGGGGAGAAGGUCUCAGAAUUGCGCAGGAAAGUUGAAGCUCUUACUACUCAGUAUCCGAUACCAGGAGUCUAAGUGUACCUGCUUUGAGCACUUAAAACUGAGACGCUCUUAAAAAAUUUUGUAUAAUAAUCAUGCUUCGAUAUGAUGCUAAGAAUAUGUUGUAUGUUACUAUUUUUGGCAAAAUCCUUUUGCUGCUGCAGCAGCAACUUUAUGAUUA